AUGGCUGCCGCCCAACCCUCUCGUCCCAUCCCCGGCCGAAUAUGCAACAACUCAGCCAAGAAGGUGAACGCACAUCUCAAGCCCCACCAAGCCGCAGGCAGCGUGCUCAAUGCCCUACAGACCAAAAGGGGUAUAUACCACCGGCGGUCUACCCCCAAGAUAACAGCCACUCGUGGAUGA